AUGAUUGAAGACGACAUCUACCGCACCUCCUCUCAGUUCCGACUUUGGUCAUAUACCGAGCAAUCUCUACAGUCUGUUCGCGCUACGACAAAUGCCGUUGCCAGUGAUCGGGUAAGGACUGCGCUUCGCCGGACUCGCGAAGCCCAACAGUCCGCCACGCCCUCUGCGACAGGAACUCCACAGCCAGCCAGCGAUGCCGAAAGCAAAACUUCUGACGAAAAGCCCAUCGACUGCCUGACCCCUGAAGAGGAGCUGGUGUUUGUUCGGUACUACUGCGAGUCGCUUUUGGAAUUGGGUGAUGAGUAUAAGCCACCAUUGCCUACCACGGUCCGAGCCACCGCAAUUCAAUACCUUCGCCGGUUCUACCUAACCAACUCCCCCAUGACCUACCAUCCCAAAAAGAUCAUGGCAACUGCUCUCUUCGUCGCCACAAAAACUGAUAAUUACUACAUGUCUCUGCGGUCAUUCGCAGAAGCAAUCCCCGGGAACCCAUCAACAGACGAAGUAGUCGCACCCGAGUUCCUACUCAUGCAAGGUCUCCGCUUCACAUUUGAUGUCCGACACCCGUUCCGCGGACUAGAAGGCGGCCAAGGGAUCCUCUCCAUAGCACCACCUCCCACACCCUCAUCAUCCAUAACCGACCGGAUCGGGCGCGCACACAACGCAACGCGCGAGCUUCUCAAGACCGCUGCACAGAUGACAGACGUCUACUUCCUCUACACACCCUCACAAAUCUGGCUCUCAGCCCUCCUCCUCUCCGACAGACCCUUGGCCGAAUAUUAUCUGGAAACCAAGCUCGGCGGCCCCAUCACAUCUACACCGACUAACCCAGACCCAUCCAACCCUCUCGACGAAAUCCGCACCAAGCUGUUCAAAGUCCUUUCCGACUGUGCAGCCCUCCUCCAAGCGUAUACCCCUCUCUCUGCAGAUGCAGCCCAAAUAAAAAACCUGAAGCGCAUCGCGAAGAAACAUUAUAAAUGCCAAAAUCCCGACGGCGCCAACAUGGCGCAGAAACGUGACUCUGCACCACCCCGGGCGGUCUCAUCGGCUGCUGCCACCGACUCCGGCCAGGUGACAUCAGAAAGCGAGACGGAGCGACUGGCCAAGAAGCGGAAAUUGGAGGAGCAGAAACAGAAUGGGCCGAAGGAUAUGUUUGGAGGAGAACUUGUUCCCGAUAGGACGAAAGGGCAGUGA